CCCGUGCCAACCCACCUGUCAGAUGCCACGGCUGUCAAACGCGGUGGACAAAAAGGGCACAAUUGCGUAAAGAAAGGAACGGAGAAGCAAAAAGGAAAACGGACGAACGUCAAAGCCGUGUAAAAUGGCCACUCGGACGGGCUAGGCGAAACGAUAGAUAGAUUUAUUCUUUCCCGAAGCCCCCACCAAAAAAAAAAAAAAACAGAUAAAGGAAAAAACCCACCACCACCACCUCAAGCGGAACCUGUUGUGUUGUCCCCCGGGGAAAGCCGCAGAUUCUAUACGUGUGCGCGCGUCUGUGUGUGUGUGUGUGUGCGCCGAAACCGUACCCCCAAACCCAAAACGAUCGUUCUGAGGGUAAACUACCUCCCGCAGUCUCCUGCCAGACGCCGUACGCCGAAAGAAACCACCUCCAAGUGUGUGUGUGUGUGUGUGUGUUGCCACCGUGCAUCGAGUGCAUCGUCAUCAACAUCAAUCAACACACCUCCAUCAGUAAAAAAAAGACCCGAAAAACCGCACAGUAAAAAAAAAACAGCUGGUGUGCGGCGUGCGCGCGUUUGUGUGCACGCGCACGUGUGUGUGUGUGUGUGUAAGCAUCCGACCCGCUUUUCCGGGGAGCGGGAAGUGUGCGUCAGACGCAUCUGGGCCUUCGUCACCUGCCUCCCCCCGAGGCAGACAGCAGCAACCGCCGCCGCCGCGAUCAAACAACCGCCAGCCGGAAAGUUAGCCUGGAAGCCCCGCACCGGACGAUGGAGAUCCUCACGCAGUCCCAGGUGCACGGGCUGACCACGCCGACGACGGCCGCCCGCAAGAAGGAUGCCGAAGCGAAGGAAAACCUCUGGUCGUCCAUCCUGAGCGAGGUGCAAACACAGAGCAACACGAAGCUGCCGUCGAACAAAUCGGUGCUGGUGCUGGGCGACAAUGCGAGCGGCAAGACGACGCUGAUCGCGAAGCUGCAGGGCGUCGAGGACCCGAAGAAGGGUUCCGGCCUCGAGUACGCCUACAUCGACGUGCGGGACGAGUAUCGGGACGAUGUCACGCGCCUCAGCGUUUGGAUUCUGGACGGCGAUCCGGGCCACAACAAUCUGCUCAAGUUCGCCCUGAACGAACAGAACUUCCCGCACACGCUCGUCAUACUGACGCUGUCGAUGACGACGCCGUGGAGCUGGGUCGACCAGCUGCAGCACUGGAUGAAGAUACUGGACGAUCACAUCGCGGGACUGAAAAUUGAUCCAGAAGAGAAACAGCAGUGUCAGGCGCGGUUAACGACGGAAUGGCAGAACUACUGCGAAACGAUCGACGAUCUCGAUCCCGGCUCGCCAAUCAAACGCACCAACCGGUUGCCGUCGGUGGACGACGAGCUGGACGCGUUGCCCCUGCCGGAAGGCGUUCUCACGACCAACCUAGGCCUCGACGUGGUCGUCGUCGUUACCAAGACCGACUACAUGACCACGCUGGAGAAGGAGCUCGACUAUCGGGAUGAGCAUUUCGACUUCAUGCAGCAGUGGAUCCGGCGGUUUUGCCUGAUGUACGGUGCGUCCCUGUUCUACACGAGCGUGAAGGAGGACAAGAACUGCGAUCUGCUCUACAAAUACCUCACGCAUCGGAUCUACGGCUUACCAUUCCGGACGCCCGCCCUGGUCGUCGAGAAGGAUGCGGUGCUAAUACCGGCCGGCUGGGAUAAUAUGAAAAAGAUCAGCAUACUGUACGAGAACAUGCAGUCCUGCAAACCGGACGACUACUACAACGAUAUUAUUGCACAACCGCCUUCGAGAAAGACUGUUUCGAACCGCGAGAGCGAAAUUCAGACGGAGGAUGAGCAAUCAUUCCUUGCCCGCCAGCAGCAGCUGCUCCAGCAGGGCCAGUCGCCGGCGCGCGGCGAAUCUCCGCUCCGGUCGCAACCGAACAACGGUACCAAGAGCACUCAACGGACUCCGGUGGCCGCCGGUGCCCAGGGCUCACCAAAGAAGGUCGAUGGUAAGCUUACACCCGGCACCCAGAGCGGCGAGGGCGUGCUGGCGAACUUCUUCAACUCCCUGCUGCACAAGAAGUCGGUCUCGCCCGGGUCGGCGGCGGCGGCGGCCGCGGCCGGCGGUGUCGCCGGCACCGGCAGCAGCCCGCUCAGUGCGUCCUCCUCGCCCGUCUCCUCGCUGUCGCCGCGCGUCAGCGUGCUGAACGGGACGGGCGAGCCGGUGUCGGCGAGCGACAAGCUUAGCAUGCGCACCGAUGCCGCCCUCGAGCUGGACCGUCUCGCCCGGAGCGUUAAGAAGGAUCUGGACAUCUCCGCGACGCAGUCCGACUGUUGAGAGCCGCAACCAGCCGCCACCACCACCACGAACACCUUACCUUACACCCCCGUUCGUCUCGGGAGACUUGCGUGAUGGGUUGGGUAGAUUGGGAAAAAACGUCCCUCAUGCGUGUGUGUGUGUGUGUGUGCUAAGGGGAGCUGUUGUGUGAGGGGGUUUUCUUUUCCCGAACUGUGCUUCUUUUUUUCGGCUGCUUUCCAUUGUUGGCUUUGGCGAGUGGGGCGGUGGUGCAGCACGGGUGAAAUACUCGGGACGCUUGUUGGGGGAUUCAACCCCUGCAAUGCUGAUUGAGAGCGGGAGACAGGGUCUAGAGGUGGUACCACGUGGUCGCAAAAGAGAGGCGCGUAGGUGGGCGUUCUUUUUUUUUAAGUGAUUCUUUUAAAUCGAGCAACCAGCAUAUGCUGAACGUUGUGAUGCAACGAGCCAAAAUCGGUGCGGGAUUUUGCCUCCGUUUUUUUCCGUUUGGCUUUAUUUUUUGGUAUUACUUUUUUAAAAGGGUUUCCCGUAGGGAUGAAACCCCGUACUACCACACUCACUCCCGGGCGGAAGGAAUGGUUUCAUUCUUUCGCUUUUUUUUUAGAAAUGUCUUUUUCCUUCUCUCUUUCUCUUGUCAAAAAAUAAAAAAAUCCCAAUCGAAUGAGUGUGUUGCUUAUGCGCGGAGGGGGGGGGGGAUCAAAUCGCCGCCAACAAAGUGAAAAUGCACACGCAAAGAAAGCGCGUAGGAUCGGUGAUUGUGUUUUGUUGUUGAAAAAAUAUCAUCUUAAUUUUAAAUCUGUUAUUACUUUUUUUCUUUUUUGUUCAUUUUUUCACGGAAGGAAUUUCGUUCAUUGGGGGGAGUUAAGCGAGGUUAGGAGAUGUCGCGCACACACACAUAUAUACACAUUGAUAAAAGGCGAUAUCUGUUAUCGGCCAUAUGAAGUUUUUGUUUUCUCUCUCUCUCUGCUGUUGCUGAAAACCUCUAAUUGGGACAAUCGGAAAGCAAAUUGGAAACCCGAAAUCCAAUUGGAGCCACUCUCACCAGUAUUAAGCGAGUUGAGUCCCGAUGCGGAUGUUACCAUCCUACGCCCUCUGUAAGCCCCCACUACCAACACUGAUUGCUCUCCUCCUCGAAAAACAAAAACAAAAUACACUCACACCAUUUCUCCCAUCACGCCGGGGGGGGGGGGGGGGGAAUAAUAGCAUUGUGAUAGACAAAUAUUGAGUAUGUGUGUGCGCGAGUGUGCGAGUGUGUGUGUGUGCGCGCAGGCUUGGAGGAAAUUAUAGCUUAGUGCAAUCGGGCUUUGCUUUUGAUGUGUCUGUUGGCUUCCAUCGUUUUGCACCACCCCGUUUAAAACCCCUCCUUCGUGUGCGUGUGUGUGUGUGUGUGUGCGAGAGUGUGUUAUGCCUGCCAACCUUAUCGCCUCAGCAGCAACCUCCAGGGAAUGAAAAAAAGGGUGAAAGUGUGGGAUCCCGUUAAGAUAUUUAUGCUAACUUAUGCUAGGGGAGUAGCAUUCUCUUCUCACACUUCCUGCCUCUCUCUCUCUCUCUUUCUUUUGCGCGCGCUAUCGAAAGCUUCCCCUCCCAUCUUCGCUUACCGAUCGCCGCUUACACAGCAAAGAAGCAAAGAAAAGACACCUUUUGGGAGGAUUUUUGUUUGUUUGUUUAAAACUAACCGGGAGCACGAGCAGACGAAGCGCAUUUAACACGUUUGCUUACGAGGGGAGGGAGAGAGAGUAAGGGAGGUGCAAGGAAAGCGAAAAGAGAAAAAAAUGAGUGGAAAAGAAACCGAAUCACAAACGCUCCGAUACUAAUUAAAGAAUUAAAACAUUAAAAAAAGCGCACCCAUUUUGCACUGCAGCAUAACUGCACGUGCAAAACACUGUGGACUCAAAGUGCACGAAAGUGGCGCAGAAUACUACCAAUAAGGGUGAAACAGAGCGAGAGAGAGAGAGAGAGAGGGAAAGAAUAAAAAAACGAAUUGCGAACGAAGCGAAGGAAAGGGUUUAGUAGUAGUGAAAACACGUACGGUUUAGUAGUUAAAGUUAAUAUUAAUACUAUACUAUAAAGCAAACAGCAGCAUCAUAAGCAGCAGCAGAUAGGGAAGGAAGAAGGAGGGUAAGAAAAGUGAGAAGAAGAGAAAAAAAAACGAAAAGAAAGAGCGAACAAGCAAACAAGCGAGCAUAAUACUGCACCCAGAUAACCUGCAUACUGAUAAAAUCCUUAAUACUUACUCUUAAAAAAUAUAUAUACAAACACCCACACACACGCACACACAUACACAUAGACCCACACGUACGUACGUUCGGUAAAUGGAUUUUCCUGCCCUUCCUUCUUUUCCCCCAACCAUUCAGCUUCACCAACGCUUUCCACGGAAAAUCAUAUGUGUGUGUGUAUGUAUGUUCGUAUGUGUGUGUGAGUGUGAAAUCAAGAAACAAGAAAAGGAAAUUAUAUCGUCUUAUUUAUAAUUUAACACUAUUGCUGCGCUAGGCGACAAAAAAAACAACAGAAACCGGGUAGGGGAAGGUCGCAGGACCGGCAGAGGGAGACGAUAUACAACACCUCUAGUGCAGCUACUAAUCAGCCGCGUGAAACGAAGGAAGGAAGGGUGUAGCCAGAAGGGAG